AGUCUCCCUCUUCCAUUCAUUAUUGUAACACAGCCAUUGUUCUCCUAUUCUGACACAAUGGCCGUCUUUACUCUGCUCAAUCUACCUGAGAAAUCUCUGAAUUAUGUUCUUCGAAGAAUGCCUUUAACGGAAUUAAUUGGAUUCGCUCUUAUUUCCAAAACGACGAAAGAUCAAGCUGAGCGUCUGAAUGUCAAAAUGAGAAGUCUUAAUGUGUCGUUAGAUGGGGCAAUAAGAAUUCAUAUUUCCGACGGUUCCGACAACGUUUUUCCUCCCCCUUGGUUCUUUAAAUUCCUUGUUAGCAAAGUCCCUAAACAACCUAGUAAACGUGAAUUCAUUCUAAUGACUAGUGGAGGACGAAAUUGGACCAAUCCGGAAUUUGGAGUGAGACAAUUUUUGGAUCAUGUUCUCGAAAUAUGGCAUCUUACUAAAAUAUAUCUCUGCUGCCUUGAGAUUGAUUGCGACGCGAAUACAAUUCGUGAUAUGUUCGAUGGUUUGGAAAUUAGUUUAUUCCAAAUUUUUUUCCGAAACUUAGUGAAUCCCUUUGUUCAAAAAAUGUUGACAACAUUUUCUCGCCAAUCUGAACAAGUUAGCUGGAGAGGGAAUCCAUUCCCACUUGAAGAUUCACAUAAAAUACAAGCUAUUCUGGGUCAAUUUAUUCACUCAGUUUACCUUCCGUCUUAUUUUAAUGACAUCAUACCACUGAAUGACUUGUUAAUCGCCGACAAUGUUUCGAUUUGUAUUGGUGAAUUGCGUUUGAGAGACGUCAACAUAUACUUGAAAUAUUGGAUUCACGGUUCCAACACCAAACUUGAAUGCGUCCGCCUGUAUCUUGACAGGCGAGUCAUGAGAAAUGAGAAUAUUCUCGAAGUGUUACUCAAAAAUGUGGAAUACCAGAUGGCACCUCCGGAGCGGGAAUUUGUGUAUAUUAGGGCAGUUGGAUCAGAAGAACACAUUAGAGGUGGAAUAGUUGUUCAAAGAAAUGAUGGAACAAUGGCAACUAUUGUUUUAAACCACGAAAAUUCUUAUUUUGAAAUGUUCGUGCACUUAUAACUUUUAUGUUUUCCUUUCCUGUUGUUCAACAUGCCCUGAACUUAUAUCUCGUUUUCAACAUUUUAAUCAUAAUAUCAUUACUGUUUUAUUGCUUCCUAUAAGUUGUUAAUGCCUUUCAAAUAAAUAUUU